GAUGGCGAAGCCGAAGGGCAGGAGGCAGCCAACUGGUGGUGUAGUUGGACGCCCUUCCAAGUCGGACAAGAGAGCCAAGACAGCAGCAGCGAGAGGUGCGUUGGCCCAGGAGAGACUCCAAGCUGAGCUCGAGCAGCAACGUGCAGCGCUCGCGGCGGACAGAGCAGAGAUGGCGCAGAGGGAGCAAGCGCUCAGAGCGAAGGAGGCUGCGUUCGCCAAGAAGGAGCAAGAAAUGGCGCGCGCCGCUGCUCAGCGGGAAAAGUGUGAGCAGCAGGAGGUUGAGCGCGUCCAAGCAGCAGCUGCUGCUGCGGCGGAGAAGGUUGCUCAGGGCCUGGACUACAUGGACACAUCUGUGCACGAGGUGAAGCCGAAGAAGGGCGAGGUCUGGACCCAGUUGCAGUCAAGGAUGGUCCUCAUGCUACUCUUCGACCUCCGCAAGGAAGGUUGCUCUGAGAACGAGGCGGUGUUGCAGGACACGAGUCAGUUCUCGUCACCUAGCGCACCAAUCGUCAUGGCACCACUUCGAGCGUGUGCUCCAUUGCGAUAUCUCGGCGCGUGACAGUUGUGUUAGGCAUGGUUGCUGUGUGUGGGAAGACCUUCGUGGCGGCGUGGAAUCCAAAUCGUUUUUUUUUGGCCCGGGCAAUCGGGCCGCAUCGCCAGGCGAAAAAGCCAAACCGGAUUUCACAUCGCCAUGAUGCUCUCGCCACAUACAGCACCCAUGCCCAACACAACUAUCACGCCCAGAGACACCACAAUG